GAUGCCUGUACCCAGUCUGAUGCCUGUACUCAGCCUGACGCCUCCACUCAGCCUGACGCCUCCACUCAGCCUGACGCCUCCACUCAGCCUGACGCCUCCACUCAGCCUGACGCAUCCACUCAGCCUGAUGCCUCUACCCAGCCCGAUGCCCGCUGUCCAGCCAGACGAUCCAAUGUCUGACCCAGUGCCAGCGGUCAUGCCAGUUGACUCGGAGCCCACUGUCGUGCCUGGUGACCCGGUGCCAGUCGCUCCGCCUCCGCCUGGGGGCCCGAGACCUGUCGCUCCGCCUGGGGGUCCGGCGCCCGCCGCCCUGCCUGGGGGCCCGAGACCUGUCGCUCCGCCUGGGGGUCCGGCGCCCGCCGCUCCGCCUGGGGGCCCGAGACCUGUCGCUCCGCCUGGGGGUCCGCCCGCGCCCGCCGCUCCGCCUGGGGGCCCGAGACCUGUCGCUCCACCUGGGGGUCCAGCGCCCCGCCGCUCCACCUGGGGGCCCGCCGCUCCGCCUGGGGGCCCGCCGCCCGCCGCUCCGCCUGGGGGCCCAGAUGCCUGUCGCCCCGUCUGGGGGCCCGAUGCCUGUCGCCCCGUCUGGGGGCCCGAUGCCUGCUGCUCCGCCUGGGGG